UCAAACAGGCUUCUCCCAAUGCAGCUUCACACCCGCUCUUUGUCCACGACCGGCUGACUGAGGACGUGUUUUCCUUGAAGAUGAUGUCGAACAGUAUAAUGCUUUAUUUAAUUAUUUUGUGUGAUUUCAGCAGGCAGAAACUCGAACUGAAUAAUAACGCUCCAAAGCAGCAACGGUAGGGAGAGGAGUCUAGCAUCCCCGGGGGCAUCAUCUCGUUUCCAGUGACGGAGGGUUAGCCGUACCCGGGACUAACUGGAGUCUGAUGUCCUUGCUUAUGUCCACGGCUACAGCACUUAUGUGGGACUGAAAUGUCUUUGGAUGUAACAAACAAAGCAGAGUGGAAUCGAGGCGUAGAGGAUAUUGCGGUGAAACUACCCCCUUUCCCCUCGCUAUGUUUCAGACGUUAGGAGGAGACGACGCGGAGUAGGAAUUUGGCUAACAUUGAUCAGCAUUUAGAAAGGAGCCCUGCAGCUCUUCCUCCGUCUUCUUCGGGACCAACCAUCAUCAUCACAACCUCCCUGUACCUUUAAUAAUGACAUCUCCAGACUCUCCCCCUCUUGUCUCCCCUUCCCCCUGCCCUGCACCCCCUCCAUCCCUCCCCUCCUCCCCAGUUCCCUCGUCCCCAGCGCCCUCUUCAUCCUCUCUGCCCGUCCAGCCCUCGCUGCCACCCACCGGGGAAGUGAUGGUGUUGGCCUUGGGAAGGAAGAAGCAGAGGGUGCUGAUCGCUCUCUCUAUCCUGCCCAACCUCUUCCUGGCCUUCCUGCUCUCUUCUGACCCCCUCAUUACCCUCUCUUCGCCCCACCACUGCCAUCUGCCGGGGCUCUUGCCAUCGCCUGAGGUUUUGAACGCCUCCCUGCCCUGGGAGAAGGGGGAGAGGCCUGGAGACAGUGGAGGCCUGUCCCAAUGUAAGCAGUAUGUCAACGGCAGCCAGUCAGCUGUGGUGGACUGCCAGGCUGGAUGGGACUUCAACGUCACGGAGGGGCUGAGGAACAACAUUGUUACAGAGUGGGAUCUGGUGUGUGCUCAGUACUGGCUGGUCCCAGUGGAGGAGGUGUGCUUUAUCCUGGGGAUCCUGACUGGUUGUCUUGGCCUGGGCUAUGCCGCUGAUAGGCUGGGCAGGUCCAAGACUUUGCUGACCUCCCUGACCCUGUCGGUGGUGUUUGGGGUGUUGGUGUGUGUCUCUCCAUACCCCUCCAUCUUCAUCGUCAUGCGAUUUUGUUUGGCAGCAGCUAGUGCGGGAGUGUAUCUCACCUUGUAUAUCACACGUCUGGAGCUUUGUGAACCAUCUCUGCGGCUGGCGGGCACCAUGCUGGCUGGACUGAUGACUGUAGCCGGAGAGCUGCUGCUGCUGGCCGUGGCCCUGGGCUGCCAGUCAUGGAGGGGCCUUCUAGGAGCUGGGGCCGCCCCGCUGACACUGUUUCUCAGUUAUGGAAUUCCAGGAGUAUUUCCAGAGUCUCCCCGCUGGCUCCUUCUGUCAGAGAGAUCUGCAGACAUGAACUCUUUCAGCGAGAGACGGAACUCCAACAGGGACGUGAGAGACGAUGAGAGUUUCACAGAGCUGGAUUCAGAGCCGGCCCCCUCCUCACACCCCCACCUGUCUUUUCCUGAGCUCUUCCACAGCAAGAACAUCUGGAAGAACAUAUGUGUGCUUGGCUUCACCUCGUUCAUCUCUCAUGGCAUCAGUCACUGUUACAGCUCUUUCCGAGGUGACGUCAGAGGCACAGCCCCGAGCUUCUAUUGGACGUACCUGCUGUCUGUGUGUGCAGGGGGCGGUGCCUGGCUGUUGCUCUGGGUCACUGUAGACAGGUGUGGGCGCCGUGGCAUCCUGCUCCUCUCCAUGACGAUGACCGGGCUGGCAUCUUUGAUCCUCCUGGGACUCAUGGAGUAUCUCAGUGAGACGGCUAUCACCGUUUUCUCAGUGCUGGGUCUCUUCUCCUCUCAGGCCACUGCUUCACUCUGCAUCCUCUUCACUGGAGAGAUCAUGCCCACCAUCAUCAGGGGAACCGGUGUGGGCAUUGUGCUUGCUCUGGGCUGUGUGGGCCGCCUCAGCUCUCCACUCAUGGACCUGAGGAACCAUUAUGGUUACUUCCUGCACCACGUGGUCUACUCCUCUUUGGCCCUGCUGGCUGUGUUGUCCAUCCUGCUUCUGCCAGAGAGCAAGAGGAAGCCGCUGCCCCAGACGCUGGCUGAUGGAGAGCAGUACAGACGCCCCCCGCUGGGCAGGAGGAGGAGAGACAAUGUACCGCUUCUGGCUACGCCCAACCCAGAGACCUAAGAGACUCCCUGAAAGAGUGGGACGGGCUGUGCUCUCACCGCUCACUGAGUCGGCAGAACAUUGACAUCCAGCAUGUCCAUGCAGCGGAGGAGAAAGAGCAAUACAGACUUGAAGAGGAAGUGGCUGAGACGUUGAUUAAUGCUGGAGAUGAACAUGAUCACACACUAAGCUUCCUAACAUAUCAUCUUUUAGUCAUUCCAAACGCAGGCGGUUGGGUUGAGCUCUCAUUCUUCAUCGUCAUUUUCUGCUACUUAGACGUGUGCACAUGUCAGCACACAUAAAGGGAAGUCCUUACUUUUCCUACAGUUUCCUCUGUCCCACACUGCAGGCAGCCUUCUGUCAUGUGUAACACCAGCAUUCACUGCUGCCUGCAGUCCUCUUGUGAGUCUGUCAGAGAAACGGUACUGCUGACACACCCUAGUGGCUCUGAGAGAGGUAGCAAAUAAUACUGUAGUUUGUCCUAACAUGCAUAGAAAGUUUUGUGACAAUAACGGCUCCUGUCUCUCCAGUCAAACAGGAAAGGACCCUGGUUCUGAUAUUUGUGGAGUUGCAGGUGUUAAAUGCCUUGUACAUACUCUAGACGUAGUCUCUUUAACUUGUCGGAGGGCGUCAGAGUUUAGCUAAAGCAGAAACUGUGGCUGGAAGCUGUGCAGUGGAGAAGAUCAGAGCACUUUUAAUAUUUCUUUUUGAGGAUGAUGGAAAUAAGCUUGGUGGAAGACUUCAAAGUAAAGGGCAGAGAUGGGCACAAGUCAGGUUGAUCUGUUAACAAAGACAUCAAAGUUUACAACAGUUAAAUUAAGUUUAGCAAAUUUAAUUUAAGUUCAUAUUAAUGUAAAACUUCAUAAGAGACCCCUGAGCCAUCAGUGCAUUUUCUUUGCCUUAUAAAAACUAUUUACCAAACAGCUGUGUAUAAGGGCAUUUUUACACCUAGAGUUUGUUUGCUCUGGUCUGAUUUAUUCCAUUGUUGCAUUAUCUUUGGUCGUCACACAGGGAAAUUUACAAGCAGACCAAAAGUUGCAAUAUUAGAUUGAAAUGCUCUCUGAUUGGUUAGAUUUUCUUGCAGUUUAUGAACACAUACCUAUAGAGUAUGCAUUUUUAUAGUGUAGGUCAUUUUAGUAACUAAAUUUUAAUGAUGUUUGCCACAGACAGCAUCAAUCUUCAGCUUAUUGAGUAUGUUUGUAGAAAUGUUUGGUGUUGUGAUAGUACAUUGAAGAUACAAGAUGAAGCUGGGCUAUUACAGUUGCUCAACAAGCAUUCAGGUUGUGAUGAGUGUAAGCUAAACCCCACACCAUUCUGCCUGCAUCGAUCUUAUUUGGAAUUAGGCUGUACCCUAUGUUUUUGCAGAUUCAACAACCACAGAGCAAUGUUUUAUAGAUAAGCUAUGAGAGAUUCAGCUGAUCUAAAGCUUCGUAUUGACAGAGCUUUUCUGUAUUAGUUCAGUUUCACAUCCAUCACUGAUGAACCAGGCUUAUGUGUGCCUUCAGGCUCUGCUUUGUUUACUUUAUUCAGGUCCAUAUGAUGUCACAAAAAUUGAUUUACUUGACUCAAAUCUACAAAUAAUAGAAACUUUUGGGUUUACUCUAGCAGAGCGCCAGACGUUCAAAAUUCUGUUUAGGGAAGCAGCAUUUCACAAUAAUAGCACAGUACAGGAAGCUUUCACAUCUUCGGCGUGAAAAUACAGUGAACAAAAACUGAAUUUAACAGAAGUUGAUGGUUUUGAAACGGCAAAAACUGAAAUAAAAACGUGACGUCCAUUGUUAGUGGAUUAACAGACAUGUGCCCGGCUCUGUUGAGGAGAUAGUUUUAUCAAAUCUUUACUCUUAUUGGAGGCUUAAAACAAAACAAGAGGCCUUAAAAAAGGAGAGUUCAAACUGUGGGAUUCUAGUUGUUAAGUCUGGCCUGGAGCCAGUCCUAUUUAUGUUUUAUUUAUUUAGUUAUGAAGUGUACACGGUCAAUUAUCCAGAGGCUUGGCAUUUUGAAGUAUUGCGCUAAAAUACGGUUGAAUUGAUGAUAAUGUGGCAUGAAUCCAACCUUUCAUUCCCUGAUGUCUCUGAUCGAAAACAGUGAAGCUGUUCACUGACACAACAUUCCUAUCUGCAUGUUUGGGAACACUGAAGGGCUUGUUUUUUCUCUAUUUCCUCAGAAGCUUCUAGUUAAUCAAUACCUCUAUAGAUGACCAGGCUCAGCUGGAAAAGAAUAGACGGGUACGAUAAACGACGGUAGAAGUUGUUUAACUAGGCACAUGUAUUUUCUGUCAGGUAUUAGACAUGCAGGAUCAGAAAGUGGUCAUCAUUAAUUUUGCCUGAAUGUGUAUCGAUGCUGUAAAAGGGCCCGAUGAUGAAAAUGCUUCCUGAUAUGGAAGCAGAAGAGGGCCCUGGAGCACCAAAUUAACCCCUAACUCCUCGUCCAGCCACGCACAGAGCAUCUGUUUUUCUCUAAAGCUUCUUAUUUCCAAAUGUCGGCUGAUGCCAUGCUACGUUUGGCCCAUCAUGAUAAAGAAUUACCAAAGCAUGUUGGUUUGAAACUUCAAAAAAUCCCAGGUCUGCUGGGGUAAUUCUUUUCCUUGAAUGUCCAUGGGUGCGUGACAUAAAAAGGAAGAGGGAGGUUUUUAAUUUGGACUCUGAUAUCGAGGAGACUUUUAAAAAAUAAAGGACGCUUUGAUUUGCUGUUGGGAUCUCUCUUCGUCAACUUUUGGUAGAUUUUACUUUCCUCUGUAUUUUGCACAAACACUGAUGAUUCUUAUCACUAUGAUUAAGUUGAUUCCAGUAGUAUUAUCUCUGACAACACUGAUGAUCUGUUAAGUGAUUAGUGCAAUGAAGUUAACUCUAUAGCCUGAUUUCAUGUAAAAUAAA